CUUUUGAUUCUUAUGUGAAGGCCGGCUGUGUGGUUAUGUGUGUUUCGUGCCUUCACUGCUCGGUGUUCCAGUACCGCGCCCGGAUGGAAAUGUGUCUUCCGGGGAAAAGCUGCUUUCAGCAAACGAGACACCGAGCACAUCGCGCCACACAGCCUGGACAUCUGCAGCUUUCAACAGAAGCGUGUGCCUUUCUAAGAACGCAAGCGGUUUGAGACACAGAUCUAUGGCCAGACCUAUGCGUCCCAGAGAGGAGAAGAGCCGUGGAAAAUCUGAUAGAGACCCGUAAGAGCUCAAACCUCAAAUUUUGCUAUUUCAUUCUGAUCUUAGUGCCGUCAUUCAUGGAUGUGCACGCAGAGGCGGGUCCGUUGCACGUGCAGACGGUGGAUGAGCCACCGGGAGGCGCCACCGUGACCGUGGAUGCCGCACAGUUUCAGGUCCAAACGGUGCUGGGGACCGACGGGGAGUUCAGCGAGGAUGACUUGCAGACGGGCGCUGGAGCUCAAACACCGCUGGCUGAUCCGAUCACAGAGAUCGAGAACGAGGAUGCUGAGUGUGCAGGGACGGACACACCGGGCGAGGACAUCGCGGGGAAAACGGAAACAGUUGGCUCCAGUUGCAGCAACGAGAGCUGCAUCCCGACCCCAGGCUGUCGGAUCUGCUUUCAGGGAGCCGAGCAGGGGGAGCUGCUGAGCCCGUGCCGCUGUGCUGGUUCUGUUCGGCAUGCCCAUCAGCAGUGUCUGCUCAAGUGGAUCAGUGAGAAGGGCUCCUGGAGCUGUGAACUCUGCAACUACAGAUUCAACAUCCUGCCUAUACAUAUCAAACCACCACAACAGUGGCAGACUGUCACCAUGACUCUGGUGGAGAAGGUUCAGGUCAUCGCAGUGAUGCUGGGUGGCAUCUUCCUAUUGGCCAGUGUUUCGUGGCUGCUGUGGUCAGCACUGAGUCCAGAGGCACUAUGGCAACGCAGUGACAUCCUGUUCCAGAUUUGCUAUGGCAUGUAUGCAGUCAUGGACCUUGUGUGUAUUGGUCUGAUUGUUCAUGAAGGUGGAGCUGUGUACAAUGUGCUCAUGCGCUGGCGGGCCGUUAAUCUCUUCUGGGAUGUCCAGAACUACGAUAAAAGCCGAGACCUGGAGACCACACACAGCCUUCACCGCAACCUGUGGCUGCCUCUCACACACACACACACAGUCUCCAACGCACACUCACAAACCACCCGACUGGAGUCAUCACCUCGAUGCCCCCUCCACCUCUUCUCCGUGUGCCUGAAUGUGACCUCUGACCUCUCCCCACAAGAGCAAUGCUCAGGGGAGCAUGUCGUCAGGGUCACGUCAGUUUGACAUGAUAUUAACUCUUUCAGGGACCAAUCCACUCUCCCUGCACCAUCCUGUUGUGGGAGGGGCUAACCAGUGGGAGGGGCCUCAGUGUUGGGAGGAGCCUUACUUGAAAAGCACUUUAGAAGAUACACAAACUGAUUUAAAUUACAUAUUGAAUUGUUACUUCGAGCCUGGAGUUCUGGAUCAGCCUUUGAGCAUCGAAGUAAGACUACAAAGCACACACACACUUAAAAUUAUAAUGCACACAAAAUGUAUUACUGCUGUUAGACAAAUGAAUGUUUCUUUUAAACUAACC